UCCCGGAUCUACUCCCGUCCCUGCUCCCAGUCCCGGUGCUACUCCGGAUCCUUGUACCCCUCCCACUCCGGAUCCGCUCCUGCGGUCCCGCUCCCGGUUUUACCGGGUUUUGUUGUGGUGGGAGCGGGGGGGGGAAGGGGGGUCGCCCCACUCCCGGUUCGGCUCCGGUUCACCCCCCCCCCCCCAACCCACCACACACCCCGGAGGAGGGGCGCGGAUCUUCCCACAAUCCAGCGCCGGGUGCGAUGGAGGCUGCGCCGCCCGCGGCUGCUCCGGCUCCGGCUCCGGCUGCCGGCCCCCAGCGCCGAGUGCCGCUGCCCGCCGACCGAGCGCCGCGGCCGGCCGCUAUGGAGCGCGGGGAUGCGGCGGGGUCGCCGGGACCGGGGAUGGGAGCCGGCCAGCGGGAGCCAGCAGCGGGCGCGGCGGGACGGGAGACCCCGGAGCCCGGGCACAGCCCCCUGCUGCAGCCGCUGAGCGGAUCGCAGAGCCUGGAGCAGCGGCUGAGCGAGCUGGGCAUCAGGAAACAGACGUCGUACAGGAAAAUGCUAUAAAUGGUGACCACAUUUGGGUGGAGACAAAUGCUUCUGGAGAUUUCUGCUACCUUGGAGAAGAGAACUGUUUGGUGAAGAUAGCUAAGUCAGUUCCAAGGAGGAAAUGUGCAGCGUGCAAGAUAAUUGUGCACACAGUGUGUGUGGAGCAGCUGGAAAAGAUAAGCUUCCGCUGCAAGCCAACCUACCGAGAAGGAGGGAGCCGUUCUCUUCGAGAGCAGAGCUUUGUCAGACAUCACUGGGUUCACAGGCGCCGCCAGGAAGGAAAAUGCAGGCAGUGUGGGAAGGGUUUCCAGCAGAAGUUUUCAUUCCACACGAAGGAAAUCAUAGCCAUCAGCUGUUCCUGGUGCAAGCAGGCAUUUCACAAUAAAGUGACAUGUUUCAUGUUGCAUCACAUCGAGGAGCCUUGUUCGCUAGGUGUGCAUGCGGCAGUCAUUGUACCCCCAACAUGGAUAAUAAAGGUGAAAAAACCACAGAACUCCUUCAAGUCUUCAAGUAGAAGGAAAAAGAGGACAUCAUUGAAGAGAAAAACCAGCAGGAAAGGAGCAGACGAGAACAAGUGGAAGCCAUUUAUUAUCAAGCCCGUUCCUUCACCCUUGAUGAAGCCGCUUCUGGUGUUUGUCAAUCCAAAGAGCGGUGGAAACCAGGGAAACAAGGUCCUCCAGAUGUUCAUGUGGUGUCUAAAUCCACGGCAAGUCUUUGACCUCUCACGGGGAGGACCGAAAGAAGCUUUGGAGCUCUACAGAAAGGUGGCAAACCUGCGGAUUCUGGCCUGUGGCGGCGAUGGAACGGUUGGCUGGAUUCUUUCCUUGUUGGAUGAACUGCAGCUCCGACCCCAGCCUCCUGUUGCAAUCCUGCCGCUGGGGACGGGAAAUGACCUGGCCCGUACUCUCAACUGGGGAGGGGGAUACACAGAUGAACCAGUCUCAAAAAUCCUUUGCCACGUGGAAGAGGGUAAUAUUGUACAGCUGGACCGCUGGAACCUUCAGCUCCAGAACAAUCCUCAUCUACCCCAGGACGACUCCGAGGAAGGGACUCAGAAGCUCCCACUUGGUGUGUUUAACAACUACUUCAGUCUGGGCUUUGAUGCCCAUGUGACACUUGAGUUCCAUGAAUCUCGGGAAGCAAAUCCAGAACGAUUUAACAGUCGAUUUAGGAACAAGAUGUUUUAUGCAGGGACUGCCUUUUCAGACUUUCUACAGAGAAGCUCUCGAGAUUUAUCCAAACACAUUAGAGUUGUGUGUGACGGCACUGAUUUGACGCCCAAAAUCCAGGAUUGGAAAUUCCAAUGUAUUGUCUUCCUCAAUAUCCCCAGGUACUGUGCAGGCACAAUGCCUUGGGGGAAUCCAGGAGAUCAUCGGGACUUCGAGCCACAGAGGCACGAUGAUGGCUGCAUUGAGGUGAUUGGCUUCACCAUGGCAUCUCUGGCUGCCCUUCAAGUUGGAGGUCAUGGGGAGCGACUACACCAGUGCCGAGAGGUGAUCCUCACCACUUACAAGACAAUCCCCAUGCAGGUGGAUGGGGAACCCUGCCGACUGAGUCCGUCAGUCAUCCGAAUCUCGCUGAGGAACCAGGCCAACAUGGUGCAGAAGUGCAAGCGGCGGACUUCCAUGCCAUUACUAAAUGAUAUCCACAAGGUGCAGCAUGCUGAUCUUCGGCGUGUUUCUGCUCCCCCUGAUAGCUUCACACUCCCGCACACCGUCCCGGGUCGGCUGAGGAUGCGGGUGAACAGGAUCAGUCUCCAGGACUAUGAGAGCAUGCAGUACACCAAGCACAGGCUGCAAGAGACAUCCAUUCCACUGGGAAUUAUCGUCAUCCACGGAGACUGUGAUCUGGAAACCUGCCGCAAGUACAUCGACCGGCUGCAGGAGGACUUCUAUCCAUUAACGUCAGAUGGACAUCAAUUUCAUUACCAGGACAGUGAGUCUUCCCAGCGACAGAUGUUGUCUUCCCAGAAUCUUUCUUCCAAAUGGUGCUUCCUUGACUCAACCUCCUUGGAUCGAUUCUACCGUAUUGACAGAGCCCAGGAGCAUCUUCACUUUGUGACAGAGGUUGCUCAUGAUGAGCUCUUUAUUCUGGAUCCUGAGAUUGCAGCCACCCCAAAAGUUGGGACAACCCCUGGAAUGCCAGACCUAGUGGUGGACCCUUCCCCUGGGAAAACAGAACUGUGGAAUGGUUCCAGUGGCAAGUGGAUUGGAAGUGACAGCUGUGAAUCUGAGUCUGGGAUCCAACACCAACUUCUUGGCAGACAGACAGGCAGCUUGGGACCGCAGAAGCUCAGGCCUCCCACAUCUUCUGAAGAACAAGAACUUCUUCAUUCAGUCCUGGAGGGUAACCUACAAAAGUUCAUAGACUCUUGCAAUAAGGGAGCCAGCCUGAUGGUGUGCAGUUCUGAGGGUUACUCUGUAUUACACUGUGCUGCAAAGAAUGGCCAUAAAGAACUUGUAAAGUACAUCAUAGAACAUGGUCCUCGUGAGUUAUUAGACAUAGCAGAAGCUGAAACGGGUGAGACAGCAUUGCACAAAGCAGCAUCUCAUCGGUAUCGUACAAUAUGUCGCUUCCUAAUCAGUGCUGGGGCCUCGUUGACACAGACUGAUUUGCAGGGCAACACUGCGGGUAACAAAGCAGAGGAGGCAGGAGACCUGGAACUUGCUGCUUACCUGGAGAACAGACAGCAACACCAGAUGGUGGGACGCGAGGACCUGGAGACAGCAGUCUGAGAACGGAGAUGUGGAGGGAGUGGGUUGAGGGAAGAAGUGGGGGUUGCCCCAAGAGAGCUCUCUGCUCUUCCCACUGGGACUUCCCAGUAGCUGUAGCUCUUUGAACCCUGCCACUGGUGGAAUGAGAAGGAAUGGCAAUUCUUUCUGGAAAGAGGGGAAGUGGUCAUGGAAACGACAGUAAAGGUGCUUAUGACUAUUCAGAGGGCACCCAUGAAGAACAGAGACCAGUGGUACUCCACAAUGUUGGCUCAUUGGGAAAGCCUCUGUCCUAUCUCAACACCACAGCUCUCAUCAAAAACUGCAAGGUGGACCUCUCCAAGGAAACUUUUUCAUUCUGCACUUCAUGAGGAGAACAGUUAUCCUUCAGAAUUCCCUCACGUACCUGGGACCACGCGCUGUUUCCUCCUACGGUCAACUCCAGCUCGAAGCAAGUGAGACAAACGUGUAGAAAUCCGUCUGCCGAUUCUGUGUGCAACCCUUUCAGAACGUUACAACUGAGCAAGACCUCCAGAGUCUGAUGGUGGCUGUCAAGGACAUGGAGUAUUUAUAUGGGCAAGGGAUUCCUCUUACCUUCCUAUGCAUGCCUCAAGCCCCUGCUUUGGCCAAUUUUCUGCCCGGGAACAGAGUGUGAGAUUAUCCUGGAGAGCUCUGUACUGAACCGAGGCCAGUUCUUGCUCUCUCACCACAAGCCAAGGCGGCUGACUUUGGCAAGAAAGUUUGGAUUGUUGCAAAUGCAGAAAAAAGAGCAAGCUUUUCACUUUACAAGGCUGGUCAGAAACCAUCAGCAUUCACAAGUGGGCAGAUCCACACAAUGUACAAUAUUUCCGUCAACAAAUUCUUUUGCAGACAUCUUUGCCUCAUGCUUAAAUGAGUUCCAGUGCAUCAGCAAGCCUAACCUCAUUUCAGAAUGGUGGAUGGUUUAAGAUUAUGGUCAGCUCUUCCUGGGGAUUCUUGCUAAUGUGGUCAUCAUGAACUGUGGUCAAGGUGCUUUUCAUUUACCCACCUUCCAGUUCCGUCUCUACUUAAUUAUAUCCAUGGAGGCAGGAAGGGAAGUUCUGCCAGUUGUGGGUGGGUUUCAAGAGGAGGUGGACCGUGCUCUUUGUGGGCUUGUCCCAUCACCUCUAACACUGCACCUCGACAGUGUUGCUUCUGGAGAUGCCAAAGCCAACUCUAUCCAUUCUAAUCAGCAUGGGGGGAGGUGGGGAACUAAAGAGACAGGAGGGAAAUACAUGUGAUGGCUUUUCCUUGGGAUUUGAUUUAGUUUCUGGGUGAUGUACACCAGGUUACUAUGGAACCAAAUCAUCCCGGAAACUGGACCAGUGACUUACUACAAUUUAAAACUUUGGGUGGGCAACAAUGUGAGGUCAGUUGUGUCUGAAUGCUAUUUUAACCCAAGUCAUGAAAAGGAUACAGCUGGUAUAAUUUUCUAUACAGUUGAAGGGGAGCCAAGGCUGGGAGGGAUGUUCAACUUUCCCUUUGGGCCAGGAUGUGUAGGAGGAUGUCCUCAGGACCUUGCUUGGCAACUGUGGCUUCCACCACCCGCCCUCACCCACUGCAAAUGCCUCCUUGUGGUUCACAAAAGCUUCAGAGCCACCGCCUGCUCACAGCCUCCAACUCCUGCUCUUCCCCCCCACUGGCCAUUCCAGAAGGGAAAUGAAGACUACGUGUUAAAGUCACCAGAGCUGGUGACUCCACAUAUACCAUCUUUACUAGGAAUUCAGCAUCUCCCAGCAGGGGAGAGGCCAGUUCCCCUACCUCUCCGGCUUUGGACUGAAGCUGAGAGCCACCCACCCGACGUGGUGUGCACAGGAUAGAACCUGAAGCCAUCAGAUCAGUGAAGAGGCCCAGCAGACUUGCUCCCCUGAUCAGGGAGGUGGCAAGAUCACUGCCUUCUCUUCAUUGCUUUCUCUACCUCUUGCAGUUUCCCCUGUGGGGAGGAAGGCAAAACAUUUGUGCCUGGUUUGGGGUCAACACCAUGGGUGGACAGAAGCAGGUCAAGCCUCCCCACCAGCCGACACAGCUUCCCCACUCUUGUGUGUGUGCACAUCAGUGCGAGGACGUCUCCUGUUGGAUCAGUUGGAAAGCACUGCCAGGAAACAGCCAGUGACAAAGGGAACAUUUGGUCUCCUUUACUGCUCUGUCAGCUGAAUCCAUUCACCAGGACUGGGUGUCUUCACCCAAUGAGGCAACUGCGGACACCAACAGACAGGCCAAGAGGUUUCUUUCAUUUAACACAGGGCUGACUUGUCUUCCAACUAAUUGGACACAGAGCAUAUGGAAUCCCUGCAAGUUGGUACUACACUGAUGGUGGCAAUGUCUAUAGUAAGGGGUACCUGAUGCACUUGAAUUAGAUACAGAAUUGGAGGCGAAUGUCAGGUGAGAGGGGACAGGGGGCUGGGGAAUGUUCAGCUCAGUGCAGACUCCUGCCCACCAGUGUCAGACCCAUAUCCCACCAUCAUAGCAUCAAAUCCUUAAAAUACCCAGUGUGGUCCUUGCUCAAAUCUGCAAAUCAGGACUCCCACUCCCAAAUGUGGCCUAGUGGGGGGCAGAAACCAAUGCAUCUGGUCCAGGCCAAACCCGUCCAAAAGUGGGUCUGAGGCAAAAGGCACCCCACCCAUGACCAGGUGAUGCUUGAUUGGGACUGAGAGGCAGCCAGUGAUCACAGGCCAUUCCUUUCCUCCACCCCCUCCCCCAAGAAUCCAUUGAAUUCAGGUGGGGCACUAACAUGGAGUUGUAAGUAUCUGGGCCCAACACACUACAAAGGGACCGUGUCUCAGUCACCACUAAAGUCAUCAAACGCCUGUGUGAGAACUCUGGGUGGAAGCAGCAAGGGUCACUGGUCAUGGUGGUCUGACCUUCAAGCGUGAAGGAGGUCAAUGGGUUAUAGAGCUGAACUUCAGAGUCUGGGGUUGGGGGUGGGGGAUGGUCACCUCCCCAACACCCACUUUCCAGGAGAGAAUAUUAAAAGGUGUUUGUGAGUAGUUCGGUUCAAAGUAGAAAAUUGUGCCUCGGGCACAGCAGGGAAAUGAAAACCAAACAAUGUAGAAUAAUUAAAUCAGAUAGAAUAAUAGUAAUGCAUGGUAAAAACAAUGAAGGGUAGAAAAUGUGGGUCAAAUACAUGUCCUCUAUAUAAAUGUCUGGGGGAUAGGGAACAAGGUGAAUUAAGUGGUAUUAGGCUACAUCCUCAUCAGCUUACCUGCUGAAGAUGUAUCUGUCCACAGCGAUAGUGAUAGGAGUGACUACUGCCAGUCCUUUUGGAGUCAAAAGGACACCUUUGCACAGAGGGCAAUCCCACAUUGAGCUGUCUGGCACUGUGACCAUGCUAAAUCAGAUGAAUUGAGAUCCUUCAGACAGUGGGAAGUUUAAGAGAGGUAAUGCUGAGGUACAAUUGUGUGUGGUUGGUCAUUAUCUGAGUAACAUGUGAAAAUGCAAUGGGAUUAACAGUCUGUAACUUCAUGGCCAGAAUAUCCCUUUAAACACCAAACUAAGGGUUCAAUGGGGCACAUAAGAGUAUUGCCACGAACAAACCAAGUGUACCAAAUGCCAGGUGCCAAUGCAAUGUGUUUACAACACAGGACCAGAUACCUGUUAAGCUGUAAACACAGUACACUAUAAACACCACUAUGCAAUCGCACAACCGAACAGCUCUGUAGUCAUUUACAUUGUUGGACAUUUAAACAGCUACCAGGGGGUGGCUCCGUGAAUGAUCACAACUCAAUGCUUGUGCCAAAGACUGGAGCUUUUGCUGGUGUCUCCAGAGCCGAGCCAAAUGGAUAGUCCAUCUCGGCCUGCUCCAGAGAACCCCACUGCUACAAGCAGCUGAUCUCUGGCAAAUUCAGUUCAUAUCACAUGGGAUCAAGAAAUAGUUGAAUGAAUUGCAUAAAGCAAAGGCUGUGGCCUGAUGGAUCCCAGCUCCAGUGCUUAGAAUUCACCAACCCUCUGGUCCACCUGCUCCAGUACAAUUACAACACUGCUGUCUACCUGAUAAAAAGGUGGGAAAUUGCUCCGAUAUGCCCUGUUUACAAGUAGCAGCAAAGUACAAAAUACAAUCCAGCCAAUAUCCACACUAUCCAUAAUCAAAGAGUGGAAGGAAGUCUUGCAUUGUUUAAUACUUUCCACAUCGCUUUCAGAACACAACAAAGGACAUGUGAUGUAGAAGAUCAAAGUAAUGAAAGGUGUUACUGACAAGGUAACCAAUUUCUACUCACCAAUGCCCUAAAUCUGGCUUAAUGCAUGGUAAAGGGGAAAAGCAGGGAGAUUUGGGGAGGGAAUUCCAAGCUUAACCUUGGCAGCUGAAGACACUGCCGAUGAUGGUGGAGCAGUCAAAUUCACUGAUAAUCCAGAGGCCAGAACUAAAGCACCAUAGGUACCUUGGACUGAUGUAGAGCUGGAGGAGAUUAAAUUGAGAACAUGAGACCAUGAUGGAAAUGAGAAUUCUAGAGUGUUAAUUAGUAAGCACAGAAGUGAACCUUGGUCUGAGAUAGGAAACAGACAAUGACCCCAGGUUUAUAGCAAGUAAAACCAGAAGAGCUUUGAAAUGGUCAUGUCCAGAGAUAGCAGAGGUAGGGAUGAGGGUUUCAGCAGCAGAGCCAGAUGGUAUUAUGAGUAGAAAAAGACAGUGAAGGUGGAAAUCCGGGGUUGGCUGCUCAUUAAGAGGGGUAGAGCGAGUGACUGUAGAGCAGGAUUGUUGUGGGAAGGCAAAGACUAUAGCUUCAAUCUUUCUCAUAUUUGGUUGUAAGAUAUUACUGCUCUUCCGGUAUGGGAAGUGGCCAAGGACCUCUCCACCACCAGUGCACGAUGGCUGCAGGGUGCAUUAUCUGGAAAGUGUACUGCAGUAACUUACCUAGGCUACUCCAACAGCACUUCAUAAACCCAUGACUUCUACAGACUAGGAGCAGGCAAAUGCCAACACUAGGGAAUGCAGGCAAGGCUGCCUCCGAGCCCCACACACAUCUACAGGCAAAGCCCUAGGCUACAAACAGUAAUUCCAGACCAACUGUCAAUUUGAGAUUGAUAAAUUUUUGCUCACCAAGACAUUAGGGUAUACGGGGCCAAGUCACUUUUAUGAAGCUGGUUCAGACCAUGAUCUAAUGAGGUAACAAGCUGAAGGGGAUAAAUAGGCUCCCUCCUGUUCCUGUCACUCACCUCUGCACACGGCCACUGUUGUGCUGCGUGAACAGUUGCCUCCGCUGCCCCGAUACUGAGUGCACGGAACAGCCUCCUCUCACAGCGACAUCAGGCAACAGAUAGGAGUGCUGGACACUGCAAGGUGAAAAAUCAUUACCUCCAGAAAUGGUUCCAACGUAUUCUUCUUCUCCCUGGACCUUCAAACGUAGUAAAAUGAAAAUUGAAUAGACUAUUGCUCUCUGAAACAUCUCCUGUGGUACUUGUGUAUAAAGAUCGCCAAAGCAAUUGUGAGCAACUUGAAGCUAGCCAAAGCUAAUUUCGUGACAUUCACUUAUCCAAUUUUAGAAAACAUACAUCUUCAUUUAAACCCAUGCGCUGUUGAAAUCUUCCUUUUCCAAUGAGAGUUUGCUUUCCACCUUUACUCUUCCUGAACUAUAGCUUUACUCAGGUCCUAGUGAUCAAAAUCAGGUGCUGCAAUCAACGAGUUAUACCAAUCCCCAUGUUAGCUAUCCACUUUCAUUUUGUGGUUAAAAAUGACGUAAAAACAUGUCUAUAUUCUUACAAGCAGGACCUAAACAAAACCUUCGGAGAGCAUUCUCAACACCAAACUGUAUGCGCAGCCAGCAGGAUUUAUGUCAAUAAAAGUACUUGGUUCUUAUCAUCGAGCGCAUACCCGGACAAUUAACUGUAUCCUGACCUCAUCCUCAGCAUCCUUUCUUCAUGCUUCUCACUGUUCCAGCAGUCCAAGCGCAUCUUCCCCCUUCUGCCAACGUGUUCACUGCCUGGUGUACAAGGACAACCUUUCCUAAUUGAAAAUGGUCAGAAAUAAUCCUGGGAGCCACUCUGGCAUGUGGCUUCACUGGCCAAAAGACGACUUGUAGCAUCUUGCAACAACUCUGUUCGUGAAUGCCUAAGACUUCGUAAUACUGCUCAAGCUUCAAGCUUAUGAAUAUCCUUCUUAUAAGUAGCCACAAAUAGAGAGAGAAAUGUCCAUUUGCAUCUGUACACUAUCUUUACCAUCAAGAGAUGUCCCAAGACAUUUUAGAGGAGAGCCAGCGGCAGGGUUAGACUCUGAGGAAAAUUGAGGACACACACAAGGCCAGACCUGGAAGAAUAUAGUGAACCCAAGAGGUGGUGGGCUUGUA